GUCCGACCUCAUCUCCUUCAACGCGACAAAUUUCAAUUGAAAAGAAAACUCCGACAAAUUAUGGCGGGUUCUUCCUAACGACUAUAGACAUAACAAUCAUGUCAUCCUCAGACUGCAGCAAGUCCAAUGGUCAACUCUUACAACCUCAAACCACAAGAGAAGACAAUAAAAUUGAAUCCCAAGAACUAUCACAAUUUUUAGAAAACACCGGAGAGACUGUGCCGACUACAUUUUCGCAGCGAUUCCGGGCUCGUGUUUCUCGCUACUGGCCACAAUACAUCAUCGGAAUCAUAUCUUACAAUAUCGCAAUUUAUGCCGCAGAGGAAAUUUCUCCCCGCAUUACAGAGAAACUGGGCAUCGAAGGGUACUGGGGUCGGUGGAUAUGCUUUGUAGCUGUGGGAAUCACUGUUUUUUUCAUUGGCCCAAUAACCCUCAACACGCUUUUUCCUGCACUAAGGAAUCGGUGACGAUAUGGCUCUAGAAAUAUCAUCGAGCUCGACAUGCAGCGACAAUAAUGGGCAAAUUAAUAUAUCAGCUAGUAUUCAAGAAAAGAAGGGGUAAUAAUCAUAAUUUAUCGGUUAUUGUAUUCUAGAAAGAAUUAGCCAAGAAGUAACUACGCACUAUGGAGUAAAUGUGGAGUGAAA